GUGAUUACUGCACACUAAUCACAUCCCUCUCGCCUUGGUUCUCUGGUUUGCAUAAAUACAUGCGGUGGCCUCAGCUGAUUGGACAACGACAACACCCCCUGCUCCGCCUCCCCUAACCUCGAAAAUCAACGCGCUCACCUCGUUUCUCAGCCUCAUCAACAUGAGGCCUUUAGCAAGCGGCACCCCAAUGUCAGCAAUGUUUCCGACCAAUUCCUCUGGUUUGUUAGUAACCUCUCAUACUGCUUACGUUUUCCGCUACGAUGAACCCGGACUGGACCUUUCCGACUCAGCCUGAUCAACUCAACCCGUGUGUCAACCAAGGCUCAGUUCAUUCCGACUUCUUCGGCAACCAUGAUGCCCUGAAUGCAACCCUACUGGAUGAUUCUCCUAUAAGAAUAACCGAACAGUGCACUCCUUCUUCGAGAUUGGGGCUUUCUAGGACUGACUCGGACCUCAUCUUGGAGUGUGCUUGGACUUCUCCGGACAUCUACGGUGAUCAACACGACACGUUUGGCGGCCUUGCUUUGGACGACGAGCUCUUUCCGCCGUUGUUCGAUCUGGUGGAGGAGGUAACAUAUCCCAACAUCGUCACCGAACCCUCUACACCUACCCCGCAACUUCCACAAGCUACCGAGCAACCUUACUUGGAUCCAACCCUACUCCAUGAUCCUUCUGUGAAUGGCCGCCAGGGCUCUAGUAUACCUGGAGACGAUCUAAGCCGUCCAGUUUGUGUAUGCCAGGGCUCUGGACGUAAAUACAAAGCGCCAAAGGAACGACCGUCGCGACGUGCCAAGCUAUCAGCAGCAGCAAGUCACAUCUUAGAGACGCAUUUCUCCAACAAUGCCUAUCCAGACAAGGGCGAAUUAUCCCAGCUGAACAAGCGUACUGGGCUGGGAGUAGAAAGCAUCAGGACAUGGUUUAGCAACAUUAGACAUCGGAGAGCUCAUGGUCGUGCGUCACUUUUAUUCUGCCCAUCCUUAAGCGAUUACAUGCAAGUCAAGAUGUCGAAGCUGACCGUACUACUAGAUUUCCCAGUUGCUCCGCCACCGCAAGAAAUGCGAGAGCGUCCGCGACAGUCGACACCCAUUUCGGUUGAGGGUCUAAAUCAGCUAAAUCGGGUAUCUCCUGCUCAUAGCACGAGCUCUCUCCAGAGAUACCUCGCAACCCCUUUCACGGAAGAACCAAUCCUCCCGGCUGCCACUCAAUCAUUUUCGCAGGCUCUUGCUGCCCGUCGCGCCUCAGACACAGAACUUGAAGCGGUGAUCUUUGCAAAUAUGGAGCGCUUGGGGAAUCUGCUACCGCCAGAUUUGGACCAUUCUCAGUCGUUACAAUCAGCACAGACGAGACAAGAUGAGGAGCCCCUUGAAUCAGCGCAGAGACCUGAUGUAGCUCGUAGCAGAGCGGGAUCGCAAAGCUCAAGAGGCUCUGGAAAAAGUCACAGAAGCUGGACUAGUCAGAACUCGAACCGCUCUAGAGGAUCGCGCCGAGGACGCAAAAACUGGGUGCGGGCUUCGAAUAUGAACACCAUAAAUGCACCGCCCCAAACAGAAGAUGCCGAACCGGUUACUGCGGAGACUUCGGAGCCACCAUGGUACUGCACUUCCUUAGACUGUGACAAGUCUUUCAAAUACCGUUCUGAGUGGGAUCGCCAUGAAGCAGCCGUGCAUCACUGGCCGUAUCAUUGGGUUUGCAACUUGGGCGACGAGAACUCCUUGGUACACAAGGAUGCUAAGUCGCGUAUAUUUUUUCGGGUAGAUCAGCUCCUGGCUCACAUGAGGAAAGCACACCCCGAAACAUACACACUCAAUUCAACAGCCUCUCAAUUAAAGACGGACAACCCAGAUUUUGAUCCUAAUUCUUUGGUAUGCGGAUUCUGUAGCCAGUCUCUGCCCAACUGGGAGGAAAGACAAUCUCAUGUUUUCGCUCACCUGGAAAGUGGGGUCCUGAAGUCGUGGCUGUCUUUGAGACAUGAUUUGAUGAGCCGGAUCGACCGCGAACAGAAGACUUGGGAGCGAUGGGAUGGUUGGCUCCGAGGGACGCAUUCGGACUUUAGCCCUCAUCAGAGCAUGCAGAAGAUGCAGAACAGCAGACUGUUUGCUCUAUACCAAACGUAGAACUCGGAGCUGGCUGGCUACCGCCGCUACUCCGAAGCUAUGUUGGUCAAUGACGUAUGAGGCAUGUCACACUAAA